AGCGCGUCGAAGAGAAAUUUUGUGCUAGGUCGUGGUCGGGGGCUAAGCGAAGCACUGCUUUAGGAAAUCCGGCGUCGUCUGGAUUGGAUUUUGGCCAGUUUCUUCGUCGUCUUCCCCAUCAUCGUCGAUUUGCGCAGGUAAAUUUUUGGAAGAAAAAUUAUAGGGAAUGCGGAAAGAUGUGCAUCCAGACCAAGAUAAUCUUGUCUGAGGCGAAUCCGGCUGUAGCUCCAUAUUGGCUUUUACCAUUCAUCCUUGAUGAGAUCAAGGAACAAGCCCUUGACAAGCAUAUCCUAAAUGCAAGACUGCACAUUGAAGCUAGAAACUCAAGAAAUCCUGUCGUGUUUGGGCACGACAUUGGUGACGACGGUUGAAGUGUUUUGAGUUCAAGAUCCCUCUGUUUUGAAAUUUCAUAUAUAAGUGGGAGAGGGCAAUAUUUCAGGAAGAUUAUAGAAGAUGGUUUCAGAAAAUAAAGGGCACGUUCUUAUGAAAAAAUAUGAAUUAGGAAGAUUGUUAGGACAAGGGACAUUCGCCAAGGUUUAUCAUGCUAGGAAUAUUAAAACUUCACAUAGUGUUGCUAUAAAGGUGAUUGAAAAAGAGAAGGUUUUCAAGGCUGGACUCAUAGAACAGAUAAAGCGAGAAAUUUCGGUCUUGAGAUUAGUCAGACAUCCAAACAUUGUGCAGCUUUAUGAGGUGAUGGCAAGCAAAUCCAAAAUCUAUUUCGUCCUUGAAUAUGUUAAAGGUGGAGAACUGUUUAAUAAGAUUUCCAAAGGCAGGCUUAAGGAAGAUGUUGCUAGGAAAUGUUUUCAGCAGCUGAUCAGUGCUGUAGAUUUCUGUCACAGCAGAGGGGUUUAUCAUCGGGAUCUGAAACCUGAGAACCUCCUCCUGGAUGAAAAUGAAAACUUGAAGAUUUCAGAUUUUGGUUUAAGUGCCCUUGCUGAGUCAAAAAGGCAAGAUGGCUUACUGCACACUGCAUGUGGAACUCCCGCAUAUGUUGCUCCUGAGGUAAUUAAUAGAAAAGGAUAUGAUGGCGCAAAAGCUGAUCUUUGGUCCUGUGGAGUAAUUUUAUUUGUUUUCAUGGCCGGUUAUCUCCCUUUCCAUGAUCCAAACCUGAUGGAGAUGUAUAGAAAGAUCGGAAAUGCAGAAUUUAAAUGCCCGAAUUGGUUCCUAUCAGAUGUUAGAAAGCUGAUAACAAGAAUUCUAGAUCCUAACCCAGAAACCAGAGUCUCAAUUGAAAAAAUUAAAGAAAAUUCAUGGUUUAAAAAGGGAUUUGAUGCCAAGCGGAAGAACAAAGAAACAGAAGCACAAGAGUUGGCUCCGCAGGAUGUAAAUGCAGCUUUCAAUACCUCCCAGAUUAAUGCAACAGAAGAAAAGCAAGAUAUAGAGAAGCCAGAAAUGGUGAAACCAAUUAACUUGAAUGCUUUUGAUAUCAUUUCUCUUUCAGCAGGAUUUGAUCUUUCUGGUUUGUUUGCGGAGGCUUUCUUCAAGAGGGAAGCAAGAUUCACAUCCACUAAGCCAGCUUCAACCAUUUUCUCAAAGCUUGAGGAAGUUGCCAAGAGAUUAGGCUUGAAGAUAAAGAAAAAGGAAGAAGGGGUUCUGAAAAUGGAAGGUUCAAAAGAAGGUUUAAAGGGGGUUUUAACCAUUGAUGCUAUGGUUUUUGAGGUGACUCCUUCGUUUCAUCUGGUGGAGAUUAGAAUGACCAAUGGUGAUACUUACGAGUAUCAGAAGCUGUGGAAACAGGAUAUGAGACCGGCCCUUAUGGACAUUGUGUGGGCAUGGCAAGGUGAUGGUCUCUCAACUUAGUCACAAUAUAUAGGUUCUGCAGCAGUGAAAGUGAUGGAUUCUAUAAUGCUUCUCCAUAUUUAUAUUGAUUUUUCAGUUGUUACUAUAUUCUCGGUGGUAUUUUUGUAAUUGUUUAGAUUGUUGCUGUGUUAUCUUAUAUGGGCUGUUUUUCAGCAUUGUGUAGGUAAGACUAUUCGAGUAGUAAAUGUUAAUAUAAAUUAUUAUUUAGAAUGUUUUUCAUGUACGGAAGAUGCUUGCAAGUUCAGAUGCAGUGUAUCAAUUUUUCUGCUUUCAAAA